AUGGACUUUGCAAGAAAACUGUUGGAAAAAUAUGGUUGGACUGAUGGUAAAGGAUUGGGCAAAAAUGAGACUGGCAUAUCAGAAGCGCUUAAACCAAAAUUAAAAAGAAGUGUGACAGGUGUAGGUUACGAUCCUGCGAAAGAUUUUACAGAGCACUGGUGGAGUGAACUCUAUAAUAAAGCAGCAAGUAAUGUACAGGUAGAAGAUGAAAAGGGAAGAACUAAAAAGAUCAAAUGCAAGGAUGAUACCUUUGAAAUAACUAACAGUCCAUUUCAUUUGAAAAAUAAAAUAAAUGCAAAUGCAAACGAGGAAUAUGUAGACUUUUUUGUGAAAACAGAAGUUUUAGACAAUGAUGGAUUGAAGAUUGUGAAGACACAAGAUUCGGAGACAAGUGAUGAGAGCGACGGUGGAGUGAAAAUGACUGAUGAGCAGUUAUUCGCUGCAUGUGGAGGCCGAACUGCACAUAAGGGCGCGCGGCAUGGAUUAAGAGCUUUGGGUAAACUAGCGAGAAUAGAACAGCAAGAACAGUUACUUUUACAAGAAUCAAGAUUCAAUGGCUACUCUCAAUUUAAAAAAAAUAAAAAGCAAACAAGUGAAUCACAAGUUGUAGAAGAUACAUUAUUAAAUAAUGACCAAGAGCAAAACACAUUAAAACAAAAAAAGAAAAAGAAAAAACGUUGUAGUAGUUUGAAUUCAGAUUCUGAAAAAAAUAAUAUUAAUGAUAAUAAUAUUAGUGAUGUGAAAGAAGAUGAGACAGAUAAAAAAUCUAAAAAGAGAAAAAAAGAUAAAAUAAAAGACGCUUUUAAAAAUGAAAGUGAAAUCAAAAACGAAAGAUUCGAUAAUAAUGAAAUUGAUUCAAAUCAUGUUAAAAAGCAUAAAAAGAAAAAGAAAAACAAUGAAUCUGUAGAAGAAAUGGAUAAAGAACUUUCAAUAGAUGCAUGUACUAAAAAAGAAAAAUUAACUCUAGUAGAUAAAUGUAAGAAAGAAGAAGAUAGACUGGAUAAUAUUCAAAAUGAAAUUAGUAAAAAGAAGCGAAAAAAAAGUUGUACAAAUAUUACGCCAGAUGAUUUGAAAGUUACCUUAGAAAUAGAUCAAAUACCAGAAAAAAUAUGCAAAAAAUUUAAAAAGAAAUUGAAAUCAUCAAAG